CGCUGAAUAUCGCCGACAAACCACCGCCAUCCUCCUCCUUCCACCACCUCCUCCGUCCUCUUCAAAACCCUAGUUCUCACAAACAUGGAGAAUUACACCGAAGCACUCCGAACACCACCGGUUACACUAGUAUCAAUCGUCGGUUACCAGGACCUCCACGCCACGAUCUCAACUCACCUCCACUCCCAACAACCGCCGAUCAAUACACUCGCAUUACCGGAUUUCUCCAAGAUCUCCGUCAUAGGCAAAAACACUAAGGAAAAUGAAAAUCCAUUGCCGGCAGGUUACACUUCUAGCGGCAUUCUUAAAAGAGAUUGGCUCGUGAAGCAUCGUACUAGGGUUCCUGCAGUUGUUGCAGCUCUCUUCGAUUCCGAUCAACUGUCUGGUGACCCCGCCCAGUGGCUUCAGGUCUGCACCGAUCUCGAAAACCUCAAAACAGUGAUUAGAGGGAGGAAUAUCAAACUGGUAGUGGUUGUCGUUGUGCAGUUUAAUUCUAAGGAUUCUAUCACUGAAGAUCGCUUGGUUGCUCUGCGCAAGCGUGCUGAGCUAGAUGCAAAGUAUGUCAUUACCUUUAUCCCAGACGAUGCUUCUGAAUUGAUUCAGUCCCUGAACAGGCUAGGAAACACAUUUGCAGAGCUAGCUGUUACGUUUUACAGGGAUGAAGGAAGAAGGGUUAAAAUGCGUCUUGAAAAGAAGAACUAUGGCUCCAUAGAAUACAAUAUCCGCUACUGCUUUAAAGUUGCUAUAUAUGCAGAAUUCAGGAGAGACUGGGUCGAAGCUUUAAGGAUGUACGAGGAUGGCUACCAUGCACUGCGAGAGAUGAUUGGGACGUCCACUAGAUUGCCAGCAGUGCAACGCUUGGUCGAGGUCAAAAUGGUUGCAGAGCAAUUCCACUUCAAGAUAUCAACAUUACUUUUACAUGGAGGAAAGAUUGUAGAAGCAAUCAAAUGGUUUCGCCAGCACGAUGCUUCUUAUAAGAAGCUCACGGGGCCUCCAGAAGUUAGUUUUCUUCAUUGGGACUGGCUAAGUAGGCAAUUUUUGGUAUUUGCUGAGUUGCUUGAAAGUAGCAAUGCAACUAUGCAAAACAAUUCCUCUCCAACAUUAAGUGUUGCAGAUAGAACGUCGUCUGUGUGGGAAUUCUACCCUGCGUAUUAUUAUCAGCUUGCUGCUCAAUUUUUAAAGGAGAAGAAGACAAGUAUAGAAAUUGCUCUAUCCAUGUCCGAAGCUAGUUCCGAGACUGAUGAGACUUCGGAUUCCGUCGUGCCUUCUCUUUACGUGGGUCAGUUUGUUCGAUUACUUGAACUCGGGGACACGUCUGUGAUGCAACUUAUUACAGAUGAAGUUUACAUCCGCUUUGCUCUUGCUGAAGAGAAGAAGUUCAGGGACUCUAUCAAAAUCAUUGGGUUGCUUAAAAGAUCAUCUGAAGCAUACCAUAAUUUGAAAGCUCAAAGGGCAGCUGCUUUUUGCAUGCUUCUAAUGGCAAAAGAGUAUUUUGCUUCAAGUGAAUAUAGUAAUGCAAAAAACCAUUUUGAGAAACUUACGAGUCUUUACAGGCAAGAGGGUUGGGUCACUUUGUUAUGGGAGGUGCUGGGUUAUCUGCGAGAGUGCUCAAGGAAACUUGGUUCGGCUCAAGAUUUUAUAGCAUAUUCACUUGAAAUGGCUGCCUUGCCAGUUUCAUCUAUUGCCAGUCUUCAAUCAUUGAAGGAUUGUGGGCCUGCUGGUUCCCCAAGUCUCCAGCAGGUAGAAAUUAUACACAAAGAAGUAUUUGCAAUUGUUCGAGAAGAAUCAGGGGUUAUAUUGAAUGAAGAAAACAUGGAAAUGAAAGUAAACAGUGAGCAUCCCCUUCAUCUUGAAAUUGAUCUUGUUAGUCCCCUUAGAGUAGUCCUUCUUACAUCAGUAGCUUUUCACGAACAGAUUGUUAAGCCCCAUGCACCUACCCUGAUUACGUUGUCACUUUUAUCACAAUUGCCUUCUCCAAUUGAGAUAGAUCAGUUAGAGAUCCAGUUCAAUCAAUCUGAGUGCAAUUUUAUUAUUGUAAAUGCUCAAAGGCCUCGAUCAUCGGCAAUUUCCCAUAUUCAUCCUGAUCGCAGAGUGGAGACUGUUCCUAUACUGGAACUUUCUACGAAUAAGUGGCUACGAUUAACAUACAACAUCAAGUCAGUAAAUAGUGGAAAACUGGAAUGCACAUAUGUAAUUGCUCGAAUUGGACCCCACUUCAGCAUAUGUUGCGGAGCUGAAAGUCCUGCCAAUAUGCAUGAUUUACCCCUCUGGAAAUUUGAGGACCGUUUUGAAGCUUCCCCAACUAAGGAUCCUGCUAUUGCAUUCUCUGGUAUGAAGGUUACCCAGGUUGAGGAACCAGAUCCCCAAGUUGAUCUUAAAUUGGGUUCCGUUGGGCCUGCAUUAGUUGGAGAAAACUUCUUGUUACCUGUAACUCUCACCUCCAAAGGCCAUUCGGUUCACUCCGGUGAAUUGAAGAUCAAUCUAGUUGAUACCAGAGGGGUUGGUUUGCUUAGUCCAAGAGAAGCUGAAUUGUCAUCUAACGACAAUCUUCAUGUUGAGCUUCUUGGUGUAUCUGGUGCAGAAACCGACGAUGAUUCACAAGGAGCUAAUGACAAUAUCAGGAAAAUUCACCACUCAUUUGGAUUGGUUUCUGUUCCGUUUUUGAACGUGGGAGAUUCGUGGUCUUGCAAUCUGGAGAUCCGUUGGCACCGUCCUAAGCCAAUCAUGCUGUAUGUAUCUCUUGGCUAUUCUCCAAAUACUGGUGCCAAUAAAGUUCAUGUCCACAAAAGCCUGCAAAUCGAAGGGAAAACCCCAGUUGUCAUCAGCCAUCGUCUUAUGCUACCCUUCCGGCGGGACCCACUUUUGCUCUCACGAAUCAAACGCGCCCCUGAUUCUGGUCAAACAGCAUCACUUCCUGUAAAUGAAACCAGCAUACUCGUGGUUAGUGCCACAAACUGCACUGAGGUCCCACUAAGAUUACUCUCAAUGUCCAUUGAGCCUGAAGAUGAUGUCACUCCCAAAAACACGUGCACUAUUCAGUCUGGAGUUCAUGAUUUUGAUAACCCCACCCUCCUUGUGCCUGGGGAAGAGUUCAAGAAAGUAUUCUCGGUAAAACCCGAGUUAAAUGUAUCAAAACUUAACAUGGGGAGUGUGUGUUUGAGAUGGAAAAGGGAUCAUCGAUCAUCAAAACCAGUUCUCACAAAACAAAGUUUACCUGAUGUGAAGGUAGAGUUUCCUCCAUUGAUUGUUAGUUUAGAGUGCCCUCCUCAUGGAGUUCUUGGUGAACCAUUCACAUACUUUGCUCGUAUUCACAAUCAAACGAAACUGCUACAGGAGGUUAAGUUCUCUUUAUCAGAUUCCCAAAGUUUCGUUUUAUCUGGAGCCCACAACAACACAACCUUCGUUCUACCGCUUUCGGAGCAUAUCCUAAGUUACAAGCUUGUACCAUUAAGUUCUGGUUCUCUACAGCUUCCUAGGGUUACAAUAACCUCGGUGAGAUAUUCAGCCGGAUUCCAACCUACACUUGCUGCAUCCACCAUUUUCGUCUUCCCUUCAAAACCACAAUUCCAAUUGACUGAAACUGAGACAGAAAAAAAGUCUCUUGUUGCUGAGCAAAUUCCUGCAUGAUGAUGCUGUUUUUGUGAAGUUCUUUUUUGCGUAUUUUUGGAUGAAUUUUAUCAAGUGAAGCUGUAUCCGAUUGCUGAAUUCGCAGGUCGCUGCUCAAGAUUCAUAUGCUGCAGUUGUGGGUGUUCAUUUCGCUCGUAAGUACACAUACUUUAUUCUAUACUCGAUCGUUUAAUUAGCCAUGAUUUUUCUGAAUUCUAAUCUUUAGGUUUUCUGGAGGUAGGGAUUGUAUUCAAAACAUCUUGAUUUGUUUGUGAAGUAGGGUUGUUGACUAUUGAUGAAAUUAAUAAAGGAAACUUGAUAUCUC